AUGGUGCACGUGCUGAGUGCUGCCAAGGAGUUCCUUAGGGCAUACAUAGGCACCAAAUGCCUGCCCGUGUCACGGUUCUCAGUGCUGGGCAUAGAGGAGAGUUCUUGCCUUUCUGAGGUUUACUUAGAAAGGCUUUUAACUUAUGCUGAGAUCGACGUUUGCCCCACUAACUGGAAAAGAAUUGUUUUGGGAGCCAUUCUUCUUGCCUCCAAGGUUUGGGACGAUCAGGCUGUUUGGAAUGUGGACUACUCCCAGAUCCUAAAGGACAUGACAGUUGAGGACAUGAAUGAGAUGGAAAGGCACUUUCUGGAGCUCCUUCAGUUUAAUAUUAAUGUUCCCGCCAGUGUUUAUGCCAAAUACUACUUUGACCUUUGCUCCUUAGCAGAUGACAACAACCUGAGUUUUCUAACUGCUCCUCUUAGCAAAGAAAGAGCACAGAGCCUAGAGGCCAUCUCCAGACUGUGUGAAGACAAAUACAAAGACUUGGGCAGAGUUGCUGUGAGAAGGUCUUUCAGCGCUGAUAAUUCCAUUGGUAUUCAGCGCUCCAAUGCCACCCUCUCAUGAACAGAGAGGUGAGGGGUUGCAACAUCAUGAACCCCUCGCAACAAGGACUGGAGAAAUACCACCUCUCCUGCUCAGAAACCAGCAAAGUUAGUGUUUUCACCUAGAAGAAAGACACUGAAUUCAAGAGACUUGCAGACAGCAAACGUUAUGGUCAUAGGAAAAAACUGGACCUUGUCAAGGCAACACACUCUUCUGUUCUUUUUAAUGGAAACAGAGUUACAAAAACCACUCCAAAGCUAAAAGCUCCCAACCCACCCACAGAUAUUUGCUUACUGUGUAGGCCGAUAACUGUGAACUAUGUGAGGUUUUUUUAAUAGUUUAAAUUUUUAGACUUUAAAG